AAAUUCAGAAUCACACUUGAUGCCUGAUCGUGCAGCGGACUUAAGCCCCACUCCGCACGACUGGAACUUGUCCUGGGACACCAUUGGGAAGAGCAAACAUGCUGCUGCUGAUCAGUGUCACCCUCACCGUGGGGGUGUCCUUGGGGGCUCCCGCACAAGAAAUUACAUGUGACCGUCCAUUUAUCCUGAAUGGUAACUACAUUCCUGAGAAGACCAAAUACACACUUACAGAUAUAAUCAUAUACCAUUGUAAAGAAGGCUUUUAUCCUGCAACCAAAAGAAUGAUAGCAAGAUGCACUAAUACAGGCUGGGAGCCCCGUCCAAGGUGCACCUUAUUGCAAGUGAAGCCCUGUGAAUUUCCCAAAAUAAAACAUGGACACCUACAUACUGCAGACAGAGAGAACACAGUACCUGUAGGAAAAUGGUAUGACUAUUCCUGUAAUGAUAACUUUGUGACUCACUCAGGAUCAUUCUGGGGCCGCAUUACUUGCACACGAGAAGGAUGGUCGCCAGCAGUGCCCUGCCGCAAAACAUGUUCAAAAUCAGACCUAGAAAUUCCAAAUGGAUUUAUUUCUGAAUCAGAUCCUACAUAUCCUGUACAAAAACAAGUACAAUAUAAGUGCAAACAAGGAUAUGUGACAGCAGAUGGUCAAACCACAGGGUUGAUUACAUGUCAACAAAGUGGAUGGUCAGCUCAGCCCACAUGCAUUAAAUACUGUGGCAUGCCGGUAUUCGAGAAUGCCACAGCCGUCAUUACUGGUGCCCGGUUCAGAGUGAAUGACACACUGGACUAUAAAUGCCUGGACGGAUAUGAAAACCAAGAUGGAAAAAGCACAGCGUCCAUGGUCUGUGGUGAGAAUGGCUGGACCCACUUGCCUAAAUGCUACAAAUCUACAGACAUGUGUGGGCGUCCUCCAUCCAUUAGCAAUGGAGACAUCACCUCCUUUCUAUUAGCAGUUUAUCCUCCAGGGUCAAGAAUUGAAUAUCAAUGCCAGGCCUACUACCAACUCCGGGGUUCUAAAUACGUAACAUGUAAUGAAGGAACGUGGUCAGAACCACCAAAGUGCAUGGUUCAACCCUGUGCUUUUCCUGAAAUAAAACAUGGAAGCCUACAUAAUGAAAAUAGAUAUAAACCAUACUUCCCAGCAGCUGUAGGAAAGUGGUAUUAUUAUUCCUGUAAUGACAACUUUGUGACUCACUCACGAUCAUUCUGGGAUCACAUUACUUGCACACGAGAAGGAUGGUCGCCAGCAGUGCCCUGCCGCAGAAGAUGUCUCUUCAGGUAUGUGGUACAUGGAUAUACCCCAAGUUCUGAAGAAUAUCAUAAAGAUUAUUUCCAGGGUGAUACUGUAAGAGUUGAGUGCCAUCCCGGCUACAGCCUUCCCAAUGAGCAGACCUCAAUGACAUGUACGGAGAAUGGCUGGUCCCCUCCUCCCACAUGCAUCCCUGUCAAAACAUGUUCAAAAUCGGACCUGGAAAUUCCAAAUGGAUUUAUUUCUGAAUCAGAUCUUACAUAUCCUGUAGAAAAUCAAGUAGAAUAUAAGUGCAAACAAGGAUAUGGGACAGCAGAUGGUCACACCACUGGGUCGAUUACAUGUCAGCAAAAUGGAUGGUCGACUCAGCCCACAUGCAAUAAAUACUGUGGCAUGCCGGUAUUCGAGAAUGCAACAGCCGUCAUUACUGGUGCCCGGUUCAGAGUGAAUGACACACUAGACUAUAAAUGCCUGGAUGGAUAUGAAAACCAAGAUGGAAAAAGCACAGCGUCCAUGGUCUGUGGUGAGGACGGCUGGACCCACUUGCCUACAUGCUACAAAUCUACAGACAUGUGUGGGCGUCCUCCAUCCAUUAGCAAUGGAGACAUCACCUCCUUUCUAUUAGCAGUGUAUCCUCCAGGGUCAAGAAUUGAAUAUCAAUGCCAGGCCUACUACCAACUCCGGGGUUCUAAAUACGUAACAUGUAAUGAAGGAACGUGGUCAGAACCACCAAAGUGCAUGGAUCCAUGUGUAAUAUCUGAACAAAGCAUGAAUAAAAAUAACAUACAGUUAAAAGGGAAAGAGGACAAAACGUACUACGCAAAAACUGGGGAUCUCAUUGAAUUUGUGUGUAAAUCGGGACACACUGCAGCUACAUCACAGCAAACGUUUCAAGCAGUGUGUCAAGAAGGGGUGGUGGAGUACCCCAGAUGUGAAUAAAGAAGCAGUUACCCCACAUAUCCGGCCACCUUCCACCUACCGCUCUUACUUCUCAGAGCUUGCUAAGAUAACUUCUGAUAUCUUGCUGCUACGUCCUGCUUUAUUUCAAAGAAAAUAAAAACGAUGUGGUAGUCUCAAUGUUCAA